GCCGACCCGCCGCCUGCAGCCGAGCUCUGCGCGGGGCGGCUGCGGCACCGGGGCGGCCGCGGCACCGGGAGGCCGAACUCCGGGAGGACGGGGUGCGGGCACGGCGCCGGAGGGCACCGGAACACACUGAGGGUACCGGAGCGGCCGGCGGUACCGGAGUGGUGUCGACACCAGAGCGCCGGGGUAUUGGGGUGCCGGGGUACCGGCGCGGCUGCGGGACGUCUCGCCUGGACCGGAUCGUGCGGGAUGCGAGCUCUGCCAGCGCGGGACGCGAGCUGAUUAAAAAGUGCUGCAAAGAAGAUCAAGCAACCUUCUGCUCUGCAAGUUACUAGCAAUGGAGCAGAUGAAAGGGUCGGCCAUGCUUCUGUUGGAGCUGCUAAUUCUUGGGGGCCUGAGAGCAGAGAAGGGCUCUGCUGUCCUGGGUACCCUGGAUCUACAAAUAGAUGAGGAGCAGCCAGCUGGCACCAUCAUUGGGGACAUCAGUGCUGGCCUGCCUCCUGGCACCAGUGCCUACAUGUACUUCAUAUCAGCACAGGAGGGCAGUGGAGUUGCCACUGACUUGUGGAUAGAUGAGAACAGGGGCAUCAUCAAAACAGCCCGUGUCCUUGACCGAGAGACCCGGGACCAUUACAGCUUCAUAGCUGUUACCCCCGAGGGCAUCACAGUAGAAGUGAAUAUCCAAGUUAAUGACAUCAAUGACCACGCUCCAGCCUUUCCCAAGCAACACAGCACUUUCCAGAUCCCAGAGCACACACCUGUUGGCAGCAGAUUUCCCUUGGAUCCAGCCUUUGAUGCUGACAGUGGCCUGCUCAAUACCCAAGGCUAUGUGAUUAAGGGUGACAAUGUGGGGCAGGCCUUCCGUCUGGAAACACGGCGAGGACCCAAUGGGGUCCUGUUUUUAGACCUGGUGGUCAACAAUGUCUUGGAUCGGGAGAACCGUUCGUCGUACUCCCUGGUGCUGGAAGCCUACGAUGGGGGCUCUCCUCCCAGGAGCAGCCAAAUGACGUUGGAUGUGUCUGUCCAGGACAUCAAUGACAAUGCUCCCACCUUCAACCAGAGCCGCUAUCAUACUCUCAUAUCGGAGAAUUUGAAACCUGGCAGUAGCAUCCUGCAGGUCUUUGCAUCUGACGCGGAUGAAGGAGACAAUGGUGAUGUGAUUUAUGAGAUCAACCGGCGACAGAGUGAUCCUGAUCAGUACUUCACCAUUGACUCCCGAACUGGAGUCAUCAAACUUAACAAGGGUCUGGACUAUGAAGUCAGGAAGGUGCACGAGCUGGUGGUACAGGCACGGGACAGGGCUGUCCACCCUGAGGUCACCACAGCCUUUGUCACUAUUCACGUGCGCGACUACAAUGACAACCAGCCCACAAUGACCAUCAUCUUUCUGAGCGAAGAUGGCUCCCCUCAGAUCUCUGAGGGAGCCCAGCCUGGUCAGUAUGUGGCACGCAUCUCUGUUUCUGACCCAGAUUAUGGAGAGUACUCCAACGUCAAUGUCACUCUGGAGGGGGGAGAUGGCAAGUUUGCCCUCACUACAAAGGACAACAUCAUCUAUCUUAUCUGUGUGGACCAGCUUCUGGAUCGGGAGGAAAGAGACUCCUAUGAUUUGCGAGUGACAGCUACUGAUUCGGGAACACCUCCACUCCGAGCAGAAUCAACCUUUGUGCUGCAGGUGAUAGAUAUCAAUGACAAUCCUCCACUCUUUGACCAGCAGGAGUACAAACAGAGCAUCCCUGAGGUUGUGUACCCAGGUAGCUUUGUCCUGCAAGUGACCGCUCGAGACAAAGACCAGGGUCCCAACGGGGAGGUGCAGUACAGCAUCAUGCAUAGCCAAGACACCCAUUCUAGCUGGUUUGCCAUUGACCCUGCCACAGGUAUCAUCACCACUGCUGCCCCACUGGAUUACGAGAAGGAUCCUCAGCCUCAGCUGACAGUGCUGGCCACAGACAGGGGGACCCCUGCCCUCUCUUCUUCAGCUGUGGUGCUUGUGGCCCUGCAGGACGUCAAUGACAACGAGCCGGUGUUCAGGAGUAAUUUCUACAACGUGUCCCUGAAGGAGAACACCCCUGUUGGUACCUGCUUCCUACAGGUUACAGCCACCGAUGCCGACAGUGGCUUGUUUGGGUCCCUUUCCUACUCUCUUGGUUCUGGCAUCGGCAGUGUGGUCCCAACGCAGUUCAGCAUCGACAAGCACACGGGGCAUCUGUGCACUGUGCAGCCUCUGGACCGCGACGAGGGCACGUCUGCCUAUGAUUUCACCAUCACUGCUGUCGAUGGGGGUGGCUUGAACUCCAUGGUGUAUGUGAAGGUUUUCCUGGAGGACAUAAAUGACAAUCGGCCGGUGUUCUACCCACUGGACUAUGCUGCCAGCAUCAGCACACAAAGCAUGCCGGGUACAGCUGUGCUGCGUGUUACUGCCCAUGACAAGGAUGAGGGGAUGCAUGGCAAAGUGACCUAUCGCAUUGUCCUGGGGAACUCCCCUCCCCUCUUCUCCCUCAACAAGGACACAGGUGUCAUCUCUCUCUCGUGGUCCCUGAGUGGUAAAGCCAACACCCUUGUGCAGCUGGUGAUCUCUGCAGAAGAUGGAGGGGGCCUGCAGGCACAGCCGAAUGCCCGAGUGAACAUCAGCAUUGUGGAGGGCACGGUCUCACCCCCUGUCUUUGAGCAAGCUCAGUACUUCUUCACAGUGCCGGAGGACACGCUGCAGGGCACCAGCGUGGGGGCUGUCCGUGCCCAAAAUCCUCCUGGUCAUAGCGAUGACAUCUUUUAUUCCAUCUCCUCGGGGGAUCCUCAUGGCUACUUUUCCAUUGACUCUGACUCUGGGCAGCUCCGCACCAGCUUGCCUCUGGAUCACGAAUCUCAGGCAGUCCUGGUUCUGGAUGUCCAGGCCCGAAGUGGUUCCCCCCCGGCCUACAGCAACACCCGUGUGAAAAUCUCUGUGUCAGACGUGAAUGACAACGCACCAGCGUUCCCAUCUCCCUCUGACUCCAUUCUGCUGCCAGAGGCCACUGAGCCUGGGACUACAGUGUACACUUUGCAGGCCGAGGACCGUGACAGUGGUGCCAACGGCCAGGUGAAUUUUGAUCUGGUGUCAGGAGGCGAAGGCACCUUCAGCGUUGAGCGCUCAUCGGGGGCGGUGCGGCUGGCUGGGGUGCUGCAGUAUGAAGCCAGUGCAGCCUACAGGUUGGCCAUUGUGGCCCGAGACAGCGGCGUGCCCCAGCUCAGCUCCACCUUCACACUCCUGGUGCAUGUGCAAGCUGAGCAUGACAAUGGGCCCAUCUUUGAUACACUCACCUACCGUGUGGAGGUGCGGGAAGGUGUGCCUGUCUCCACUCGCUUCCUGCAGGUGCGGGCCAUUGCACGGGAUGCAGAAGCUGUGACCCUGACUUACCACUUGCGUGCAGAUGGAGAUGCUGCCAGCUUUGGCAUCAUGUCUGAGAGUGGUUGGCUCUAUGUCAAAAGUGCCCUGGACCGGGAGACACGAGACCUGUAUGUUCUCACAGUGCUGGCAUCGGCAGGAGGCAGCGGCUCAGGGGGGGAGGCCCGGAAAACGGGCACCAGCACCGUACGGAUCAGCAUCACUGAUGAGAACGACAACAGCCCCCGACUGAGUGAGGAGCGGUACUUCUUCACUGUUCCUGAGAACCAGGCUCCUGGCAGCAGUGUAGGGAGGGUGAUGGCAAGCGAUCGGGAUGCUGGGCAGAACAGCCGUCUCACCUACCGCCUGCUCCAGCAUGACUCCAGUUUCCUCAUCCACACGCAGACAGGGGAGCUCAGCACCAAGCACAGCUUGGACCGGGAGCUGCAGUCCAGCUACCAGCUGCUGGUGAUUGUGCAGGAUGGAGGAGCACCGCCCCGCAGUGCCACAGGAACCAUCUAUGUCACUGUGCUGGACGAGAACGACAAUGCUCCUGCUUUUCUUCAUAUCACUGCUGGCCAGGAGCUGACCAUGCAGGUGCUGGAAGAGAAGCCAUCGGGACUUCUUGUUGCCUCCCUGCAAGCCAAGGACCCUGAUGAGGGUGAGAAUGGGACCAUCACCUACUCACUAACAGGUAUGAGCUGUCAGCCUGGCUUUCAGCAUGCAGCUGUGACCCUCAGAGGCAGACGGUCCCUCUGCCACAGCACAUUCUCUCCUCCAUCCCCACGUGCCCCCACCCUCCCUCCUCUCUCUGCAGCAUUUCACCUUCUCUCCACAGGAGCCUGGGCAGAGCGUUUCACACUGCACACAGCCACUGGAGAGCUGCGGACUGCCACGGUGCUGCGCCGGUCCGACCGUGCUGAGUACGUCUUCACUGUGACAGCCAGCGACCGGGGCAUGGUGCCCUGCAGCACCUCAGCCAUCGUUCGUAUUCAGGUGCUACCGUCCUCCCGCUUGCUGCCCAGACCGGAUGCUACCGUGCUGACACUGCACCCCCCAGAGGGGGUAAAGCCGGGCUCUGUGAUCGGCUCAGUGGCACCCCCUGAUGCCCCUGCACGGGGACAGCUGACCUACACGGUGGUAGGAGGUGGUGGGGAUGGCACUUUUGUUGUUGACAGCGUGACAGGGGAGAUCUACGCUGCCCGGGAGCUGGAUUAUGAGGCCGGGGCCCGGCACACGCUGCAAGUGAGCACUGAGGACACGCAGCACGGCUACCCGUCCAGCCGUCUGGUGCUGGUGCAGAUCCACGUGCAGGACUGCAACGACCAGGCGCCCACCUUCCCCGAAGACCCCAUCACCAUUGUGGUGCCCGAGGAUGCGCAGGCUGGCUCGUCUGUCUUCACCUUCCAGGCUCUGGAUGGGGACGGGGCAGGCCCCAACAGCCAGGUGCGCUACGCCCUGCUGCGCCAGGAGCCCCCAGGGGGCCCUUUCCAGCUCGACGGCCGCUCGGGGCUGCUGAGCCUUCGCCAGAGCCUCGACCGUGAGUCUGUGGCCUCCUUCCUCCUGGUGGUGGAGGCCAUGGACCAGGCCCGCAACGUCAGCCAGCGUCGUUCGUCCGCUGUGACAGCGCGUGUGUUCGUGACCGACGUGAACGACAAUGCGCCCGUCUUCCUGUCACCUGCUGCCAUCAGUGUCACAGAGGACCGGCCGACUGGGUUCGUGGCUCUGCAUGUGGUGGCCCAGGACAACGAUCUGGGAGAGAAUGGACGAGUGAGUUACUCACUGCGAGCGGGCAACAGCGAUGGCCGCUUCCACCUCAACCCCAGCACUGGUGCACUCUCUGUUGUGCGGGCUCUGAACCGUGAGGAGGUGGUGCAACACAACCUGACUGUGGUGGCUGCUGACCAUGGCUUCCCACGCCGCUCAGCCACGCAGCUACUCUCCAUACUGGUGCUGGAUGUCAAUGACGAAGCUCCCACCUUUGAGAAGCCUGAGUAUGAGGCACACAUCACGGAGAACCUUCCAGCUGGCAGCCCUGUCCUGCAGGUGCUGGCCACAGACCGGGACCUGGGUGCCAACGGACAGGUGACCUAUGGAGGUCUCUCUGGGGGGCCGUUCUCUAUCCACCCGCAGACGGGUCUCAUUGUCACCACACAUCCCUUGGACCGUGAAGAGCAGGAGCAGCAUGUGCUGAUGGUCUAUGCACGGGAUGGUGGCCUGCCCCCCAACCUCUCCAAGGCAACUGUGCGGAUAACAGUAGGGGAUGAAAACGACCACACACCACAACUGGAGAGUGAGUCCUGCUCUGUGGAGGUCCCUGAGAACCAAAGCCGCGUGGCACUCUACACCCUGCGUGCCACUGACCCUGAUGGAGACGAGAACGGGCGCUUGGAGUACCGCGUGGCAGAUGGAGAUCCUGAGCAGGAUUUCAUCUUAGACCCUGUCUCUGGUGUCCUCUCCACUGCACGUGCCCUUGACCGAGAGCAAGUUGCUUUCUACAGCCUCACAGUAGUGGUUCAAGACCACGGCACCCCACCACGCAGUGCAACCAUGUCAGUGAAUGUGCAGGUGUUGGACUUAAAUGACAAUGCUCCUGGUUUUGCUCAAGCCAGCUAUGUGGUGGAGGUGCCCGAGGACUUACCUGUUGGUUCCCUGGUGCUGCAGCUGGAAGCCGAGGACCCUGAUGAGGGCACCAACGGGCAGGUCACCUACUACCUGGGCAAUGAGUCCCUGGGCAUGUUCCAGGUGGAGCCACAGAGUGGACGCAUCAGAAGUGCCCAGGAGUUGGACCGGGAACGCCAGCCAAGUUACAGCUUUCUGGCCAAGGCUGUGGACUCAGCACCAUGGGAGCCCAAAAGCGCAGCUGUGCGUGUCACAGUCACGGUGCGGGAUGUCAAUGACCAUGCUCCUGCCUUCCUGCACAGCCCGCUCACUGUCAGCUUGUCUCGCCACACGCCGCUCAAGCAAGUUGUGGCCACCAUGAGGGCAGAGGACAGGGAUGCAGGUGCCAAUGCCUCCAUUCUGUAUCGCCUUGCCACCCCGAACUCAGCCUUCUCAGUCAACUCCUACACAGGGGAUAUCCAGCUGCUGCAGCCCCUGAGCUCACUGAGCCAGCGCCAGCGGACACUCUUCAUCCUGGCCACGGACCUGGGGCAGCCAGCGCUUUCCUCCACUGGUGUAGUGGUGAUCCAUCUGCAGGAAGAGCCCUACCGGGGGCUGCGCUUUCCCCGGAGCACCAAUGAAGUGGUCCUGCCAGAAAAUGCUGCUCCAGGUACUGCUGUCGCAAACAUCCAAGCUGUACACAUGGGGGGCUCUUCUGGGCGCAUCACGUACAGCAUUAUCAGUGGCAACGAGAAGAAUGCUUUCCUUAUCCAGCCCAGCUCAGGUGCCAUUUCAGUUCAGGACUCCAGCAGCCUGGAUUUUGAGGCCAGCCCCCGGCUGCGCCUUGUGGUCCAGGCAGAGACAACGGCUUCCUUCGGCUUUAUGGCCAUAAACCUCAACCUGCAAGAUGUGAAUGACAACUUGCCACGCUUCCAGCUGCAGAACUACGUGGCAUUCAUCUGGGAGUCCCAGAGCUAUGACUCCCCAGUUAUCCAGGUCCUAGCAGAUGAUCUGGAUCAGGGAAUGAAUGGGCAGGUGACUUACGCCAUCAACCAGUCCCUGCCAAUGACAGGCUUAUACCACAUCGAUCCUCAGACUGGCACGAUCACUACUGCUGCCAUCCUGGACAGGGAGAUCUGGUCCCAGACCCGCUUGGUGGUAACAGCGAUGGACAGAGGGACCCCCCCUCUCGUAGGUUCUGCUACACUGACAGUUGUGGUGAUGGACAUCAAUGACAACAGCCCCACCAUUCCAUUUCCCUGGGAGGUGCGGGUCCCAGAAAACAUGCUGCUUGGCACCCAGAUAGCCCAGCUGACAGGGAACGAUGUGGACUCGGGCCCUGCACUCUCCUACACCCUCAUGCUGGAUGGUGAUGCUGUGGGUACAUUCAGUGUGCUGCGCUAUGGGGGACGCAUUGCCCUGACGGGGCCACUAGACUACGAGCAGCGCAGCCACUACAGCCUCACACUGCGAGCCUCUGACAGCCGCCACGAGACCGAGGCCAACCUCACCGUCAUCGUGGAGGACAUGAAUGACAACGCACCAGCCUUCAGCCAGGCCUUCUACCAGGUGACACUGCCAGAACACACUCCUGCAGGGAGCAUCCUUCUCACCAUGAGCGCCACUGACAUGGACUCAGGCAGCAAUGGGGAGAUCACCUUCCACCUGGCCGUGCCCAGCCUUGACGUUGCAAUUGACCCCAGCAAUGGGACCCUGUUCACCAUCCGACCAGUGGAAUUUGAUGCCAACCAGCCCACCCUGGAAUUGGUGGUGGAGGCCCGUGACCACGGCUCCCCCAGCCUCUCAUCUUGGGCCACGGUUCAGCUUCAGGUGCUUGAUGUGAAUGACCACAGCCCCAUCUUCCAGGUGCCACACUACAAUGCCAGCGUCCCUGAGGACCUGCGGCCAGGAACCACUGUGCUGAUGCUGGAUGCAGGCGAUGCUGACCUCUCCCGAGAGAACGCUGGCUUCGACUACACCAUUGUCAGUGGAAACGGUGGCAAUGCCUUCCAGGUGGAGAGCCGGGUGGCCUGGGCAGGUGGGCAGCUACGCACACAGGGUGCGUUGGUGCUUGUGGAGCCCUUAGAUUUCGAAGCCAUCCCAGUCUACAAUCUCACUGUGGCUGCCUUGGACCGGGGCCUGCCUCAGCGUAGCACCACGGUGCCUGUGCUCAUCACCGUGCAGGACGUCAAUGACAACCCGCCUGUGUUCGCCCGAGCCGAAUACCGCACAGCAGUGAGCGAGAGCGCACCUCCUGGCACAGAGCUGCUCCGUGUGACAGCCCACGAUGCCGACUCAGGGCCCCGCGGCCAUGUUCACUACACCAUCAGCUCGGGUGAUCAGCACGGGCUCUUCCACAUCCACGAGAGCACAGGUGCCCUGUGCCUGGCACGGCCCCUGGACCGGGAGACACAGGCAUUACAUGCUCUUGUGGUGCAGGCCAUGGAUGUGCCAGGCGGGCACUUUGCUCUGGUGCCUGUAGCCAUUGAGGUGAAGGAUGUCAAUGACAACAAGCCAUACUUCCCAGUGGAGGUGCUGAGUGCCAGCAUGCGGGAGAACCUGCCUCCGGGCACACUUGUGACUACCCUGCGUGCUAUCGACACCGACACCGGGGUGUUUGGGGAGCUGCAGUACACAGUACUGGAGCAGCCAGUGGGGGGGCCUGGUGUGGCAGAGGGCCGGGAUGCCUUUGCCAUCAACAGCAGCUCUGGGGAGCUGCGUUCCCGGCUCACCUUUGACUAUGAGCGAGCCAAAGCCUUCCAGCUCCUCGUCAGGGCCACGGAUGCCGGCAAUGCCUCUGCUACAGUGACCGUGCGGGUGCUGGUGACCGGGGAGGAUGAGUACGAUCCCAUCUUCCUGAGCCCCUCCUUCAGCUUUGAGGUCCCUGAGGGUGCCCACAAAGGGCAGAGCAUUGGGAGGGUCCUGGCAACAGAUGAGGACGAGGGGGCUGACGGUGUUGUGCUGUACAACCUGGCCAAGCCCUCGCCGUACUUUGCCAUCAACCAAACUACAGGCACCAUCUACCUGCGGGUGGACAGCCAGCCCCAGGCCGGGGCCGGGCGCACCAAGAGGGAGCCCCGUGAGAUGAGCCUUGAGGUGCAGGCGCGCAGCCCGCUGCCAGCCUCCCGCUCAGCCUCUGCACAGGUCACCAUCGACAUCACGCACACCUCCUUCGGCCUGGCUCCGGAUCUCAAUCUGUUGCUGGUGGCCGUGGCCGCCUCGCUGGGUGUCGUGGUAGUGCUGGCUGCUGUGGCCAUCGUGCUGGCGCUGGUCCGCUCCCGUCACCGCCGGAGCCACGAGAAGACAGAGGGGGACCGGCCGCUGGCCCACGUACAAAGCAGUUCUCUGCAAAAGCUGGGUCACGAAGAGCCGGCACUCCCCGGGGCUGAGCACAUCUACCACCAAGCACUGCCAGGGUAUGGGGGGGAGCCAGCGGGGCCCUACACGCGGGGCGGCUCCCUGGACCCCUCGCACUCCAGUGGCAGAGGCUCUGCUGAGGCAGCUGAGGACGACGAGAUCCGGAUGAUCAAUGAGUACCCACGCGUGGCCAGCAUCACAGCAUCCAUGCAGGAGCACAUUUCGGCCCGCGGCCCCGACUCCGGCAUCCAGCAGGAUGCCGACCAGCUGUCCGACAUCUCCUGUGAGCCAGCCGCCCUGGAGAGCUCCCAGUGGUUCAAGAGCAAGAAGGGCUCUGGGCUGCUGCUCCCAGGGCCCACAUCGCAGCUGUACCGCGAGGAUGGGGGAGGCAGCGCCUUUCUUGGCGUGCGCUGCGGCCUCAGCGUCUCCUCCCAGCCCCAGGACUACACCUUCCCAGAGGAUGGCAAGCCCUCUGUGGAAGGCUCUCUCACCGCCAUCGUGGCCAGUGACGAGGAGCUCCGUGGCAGCUACAAUUGGGAUUACCUGCUGAACUGGUGCCCCCAGUUCCAGCCGCUGGCCAGCGUCUUCACAGAGAUCGCCCGUCUCAAGGAUGAGAGCUCCCUGCGCAAGCCCUUCCCGACCAAGCCCAAGGCAGAGCCCAAGCCCCGCAUCGACCCCCCACCCCUCAUCACCUCUGUGGCCCACCCAGGCGCCAAGUCCGUGCCCCCCAAGCCGCCAGCAGGCAGGACCUUCCCGCACCCAUCGUCGCUGCGUCGCUCGCCCAUCAGCCAUGAGGGCUCCAUCUCGUCCUCCGCCAUGUCACCCAGUUUCUCCCCCUCGCUGUCCCCGCUGGCCGCCCGCUCCCCUGUGGUCUCUCCCUUUGGCAUCUCACAGGGGCCCUCUGCCUCCACCAUCAGCGCCGAGCACUCACUGGAGCCCUCUGAGGAGGCCGAGCUCAGGAUUUAGGCCUGGGCCCACGGACUUCCCCGCCCUCCCCGGCAGACACGGGGUAAAGAGCGGGGCCAGGCCGAGGGCUGCUCGGCACGGUACUGGUUUGGCUUUCCCAGCACCUUGCCCAUUCCAGGGCCCCACGUGCUGUGGGUUCCCAUGUGCUUUGGGACUGCUGACUCUUGUCACUCUCUGUGGUCUGGCAGAUUCAAUGCUCGUUUUGGUGCCCUGUGGACUGCUGAGCCCAGUGCCAGCACCCUAAGGCAUGGUUCCUUGUACUGCUCGUGGUGUCCCAGCGCCCAGCAUGCUGCUGCUUUGUGGUACUCCGUGCUCUAAGAGGGGCUGGGAGCAGAGCAGUUCUCUCUGCCCUGCUGGGUCAGAGCGCUGCCACCUGCAGCCUUUGCUCUAUCCCGGCCACCUGCCCGAGCCAGGUGCAGCAGCCCAGAUGCAGUGAGGGGCUGUCCCAUCCCUUCUGGCCCUAUCCCCAUGGGAGCUCACAGGGCCAGGGUCUCACUGCUCAGCUGGUGCAGCUGCAGCAGCCCGCAAGUCUGCAGGAAGCAGUGUGGGUGACCCUGCUUGCCGAUGGUCUGAAACACAUCCCAGGCCUAGCUGGACAGGGAGCAAGAGGCAGUGCCCAUUAUCUGCUUGCCUGUCCAUGGCUGGUGGGGGGAAAGGGAUCUGUUAGGGUCCCAGAGGGCCCUUCACCUCCCAUCACUGCAUCUGCCCCACCUAAGGGCUCACUAUCCCAGGGCUGAGGGCCUUGGGACAUGGCUGCAUGGCUGCCCUCUGGGGCUGCAGGCUGGCAUCGGGCACAGGCACUGUCCACUUACCAGGCUGGCAGCAAUGCUAGCAGGAGAAGCAGUGCCAGAACUGCAUUAGCCGACCCCAGGAUGGCCUGGCCUCGAGAAAGACACCAGCACAGCUGCUCUGUGACCUCCUCUCACUCUGUCUGCCCCUGGCCUGGUGGCCAGCCUGCAGCUGCAGGGGAGCAUGGGUGGCCAUGUGGCCUGAGGCUGAUGCAGUGGCAGCCAACCUGUUGUCCUGAUACAGUGUGGGAUGCGGGCAGCAGGGCUCCCCAGGAGCCUGCUGUGCUCACCAGGAUGAGCUGGGACACGAGGGCCACCUCCACAGCACGGGUGACUGCCAGAAUCCCCAGCCCCUGUGCCCAGCUGUGUGUGCAGCAGCUGCUCCCUGCACUUCUCCCUCAUGUCACACUGUGGGAAUAGGCAGAGCCACACAUCCUUGGGGCUGGUCCCCAUUCUCAUACCAGCAGUUUGCAGCUGGUGUCAGUUCACAGCUGGUAUGAGCUCACAAUUGGUGUCAGCCCUCAUGCAGCGCUCACCUCGGUUCGCAGCACAUGGCACGGCCCUGCGAGUGCUGUCCUUGUGCCAGGCGCUGCAGCCCUGGGUGCUCAGGGUGCUGUGACCCAUACACAGUUACAGGUGCAGAGCGAGGAUCAGGAGCCGAGCACGCGAGCCAUGGCAGCCCCAAAUGCACAGCCUGGGAGGACACCCAGCUGUCUGAGAAGGGGAUCUGGGGCUGCUUUCAGAAUUUUGGAAUUUCCUUCCUAUCACACUUCUAGAGCCACUCCAUAGCCUCAAAUGCAAAGCCUGUGUGCACCAUUGGCUGCACCCUCAUUGGUCACCCCAGCCCCGAGUAUUUAUCACAGCAGCCAAAAACCACCACUUUUGCCCACUGCCCCUGUGCAUCCCACUGAGAACCACCUGUGCCUGCAGCCCCAUCUCUGCACACCAUAGGUCUCAGAAUAGCCCUGCACCCCAGCACCACGCUGCCCCCAGACCCCAUGACCCCAUGGUGCCCACAAGUCCCCAGUGCUGGCAGCCCUGAGAGCUGCCCUGGCUGACAACAGAGGGCCAGAAUCAGGUGGGACUGGGGAGGCCAUGGGGCCAUGCCUGAGGCCCAUGGGGAGCUGAGGUGGCUCUGGGAGGAGAGGAUGUGUUCCACCUUGCUUGGCACAAGGAUGGUCCAGAGGCACCCUGAGGGGCUGCGUGAACCCUGUGCAGUGCCGGGGUGGCUGAGCAGCCCCACUCCUCUCUGCAUGUUGGGAUGGGUCACCCCUGCAUGCCACAUAGGGAAGGGUCAGACACGUGGCCCCACUUUGGUGUGGGAGUUCCAGCCAUGUGCUGCUGAGCCCGGCCAGGAGCCAAGCCUCCAGUUAUUUAUUUUUUACACAUUGUACUAUGAUUCCUGUUUUCUACUUUGUUUGUACUUUUGUAUCGUGUCUCGCUGAGCUGCAUGUAUUGGGCGCUGCUUGUCGGCCCGCACACUGGGCUGCUCCAGCACAGCCUGGACCCAAGUGCCAACUUCUCAAAGAAAUGCCUUAAUAAACCACACUUGUUUGUACAGAGCUCAACUUAGAGAAUCAUAGAAUCCUUAGAGUUGAAAGAGACCUUUAAAGGUCAUCCAGUCCAACUCUCCUGCAAUGAAUGGGGACGUCCACAGCUACAUCAGGUUGCUCAGGGCCUGAUGCAGCCUCGAUCAGCAUCAUCACUGCUGCUGUGGGUGCAUGCCAUGCUGGCACUGUGGCCCUACGGGUGCUGUGGAGAAGCACUGUCAGGGCUGGUGGAUGGGAGGCAGCACUGGGGAACCCAGCACCAUAAAGCUGUGGACCUGUCACCGGAAUCAUGUGGCAGAGCUGGAACUGCUUUGGGCACAGAGGCUGCCUAGUGCUGCUUUCUGUCCCCUGCUGCCCCGCCCAGCUGCCUCCUGGCUUGACCAACAAAGGACAUGCAGCAAUUUCAGACUUGAGCACAACAGAGGAUGCAGAGAGAUUACACACACACUAUGGGCCUGGUCUGGAUGCCCAGCUUCUCCAGCAAGGUGUGUUGCAGCUAUGCCUGCCCCUGCAUUGCUGCACACAUGCAGGCACAGCUGCUGCCCUCACCAAGAUGCCUGCAUCUGCAUGCAUAGCCACACUGGGCACAUCUCUCCUCGUGGCUGCACCAUGCACAUCUCCUCUCAGUGACUGCAGGUUUUUCUCUUAGUGGCUGCCAAGCCUGGCAGGCGAGGCUGCACAGCUCCAUGCAUCCAGGUCGUGUUGUCCAAAAAACAGCUUCAUUGCCCCGUGUGCACAAUCCAUGAUCAUACAGUGAGAGCAGACAUCAUUUGUUUAUUUCAGGAUUGCCCAAGCCUGGCUGUGCAGUGGUUUCCCACAAACCCAGCACACCAAAUGGAACUAUCAGUGCUAUAUUUAUACACAAAAGACACGGAGUUGGUAACUUUUCCAGCCUAUCCUCCUGGCGAUGAGUGGUCAGUGAUUUACAUACAGUUAUAACAAUGCUGACUCUGUACUUCCACUAUUAAAUCCCUCAGGGGAGGGGUCUUCACUUGGUCAGGAAUCUUUUUCACCUGUGGGUGUGAUUUUCAGUAUUAUAAUGAAGGUAGUUCAGCUAUGGACCCAACAUACGGACCCUGAGGCACAGCCCCAGUCCAGCUGGCAUUUGGAUACAGUUCUCCUACACGGGCACACACAGGCACCCCUGGGGGCCUCAGCUGCCCCAGACUCUGUGCUCUCUGGCCUGCCCUGCUCCCUCCCUGCUGCAGCCACCCCCAGGCUCACACAGCACAGCUCCCAGGGCACUCUGCCCAUCACCCAGCCCAGAAUAAGCCUGCCGGGAAGGACGUGCACCUUCCCGGCAUCCACCUGCUAGGAGGCUGGUACUGCGGGCCCUGGGACAUGUGAUCCAACUGUAGCUGCUGACACAGCUUCCAAAGACAACAGAAUAGAGCCCAAGAAAAUACUUUGCAGUGGGGUUUAAGAAGCAGCCAGGGCAGGCUGUGCUGUUGCCCAGUGAAGGCAAACAAAUGUGCCAACCAUCAACCCAUUUACAACUGCUUUUACUCCUUUUCCUUGUUUUCACACCUUUUUCCCCUCUCCAAAGUGCACUGAUCCCUCUCUUUUCUCACAUCCCAUAAGAAGUCUUGUAUGACCCUAAAACACCAUGUUCUGCCUCUCAGGGCGUGCCCUGCAUGCCAGGCAGUACGUGUAGUUGUUUAUCAGGAGAACCACACCUGCACUCAUGUUGGCGGGUGCCACCCCCAGCUGUGUUGCGAUCGCUGCUGUCACAGCCCUGAGCAGAUGCAGCCCCUCUGCGCGGGCUAUCAGGGCUCCCUGCCUGCCGCCGCUCCCCGUGCCGCUUUAAUCACACAACCCAGCGCCUCCAUCUCCCUGACGUUAUAAACGCAAUGCCAGGGCUGGGGCUGAGGCUGACUCUGAAUGUUCUCCAGCAUUGCCCAAUUACAGGCAAUCUUGACCAGCUUCACUGAUAGGAACGGCACCUAUGGCACACUGGGGGCGGGCACGGCCUCACCUGGGGCAUCCUGGCAGCUCCGCUGGCUGCUCCGGUUCUCCCAUCCCAGCCUGCUGUGGCCCUAACAGCAGAUGCUUGUUAGAGUAAUUAGCUCUGCCAGAACAGCCUAAUCUUUGCUGGCCAGACAGCUCCAGGAAAUAAUCUCCCGCAAAUCUCAUCCCACUUACAGCCCUGCCCCGAGCUGACGGUCGGUUGGGCUGCAGCACUUCGUGUCAGCGCCGAGCAGCAGCACUGAGCAGACCACGUCCCUUCCCUGCAGCUGCAGCCCUCGGUUGGGGCCACGCAGCCCGGGGGGCCGGGAGCCAGCAGGGCACUGGGCCACACGUGGGCGAGGGGAAGGGUGAGCCAGGAUGGGGCUGGGCACAGGGCAGAUGCUGUGCAGCAGGGAGCAGGACAAGGGAGUGUUAUAGCUGGGAGCAGCCAGACAUGGCCUGGCACAGGGAUCGUGGUCUGCUGCACAUCCCCGAAUGCCUCGAGCAUACAUGGGGCCACCUCCCUCCAGGACACCCCUUCACACAGUGACAGCAGCUUUCAGCCCAGGUGGGCGGCUGUCCUACAUGGUUCAGAAGCUUUUCCACAACACCGAAGAGAGCUCUUUCCAUGGACAAGGCUGGGAGAUGGGGCUCAGCGGAAUCCUUGAUCCCUCCCUGCCGUGUCCCCUCAAAGCUGCACCCACCACGCCCAGACCCUUCCUGUCCCACUACCCCCUGCUUUUCCCCCCAACCCCACAGGGUGCAACUGCAGUUUUGGGCGGGCAACCAACUCCAGCUGCUGCAAACCACACUGUGCUGCCUGCAUGGAAACUCUGAGUGGCCCCACAUGUGUUUCCAAUUGCAGGCACCAGAAAUGCCCGAGGGCUCUGAACAGACACUCACGCUAUGGGCAACACCCAAAGAGGAGCACUGGUGUCCUGCAGAAAAUGGGUAUGAAGCAGUGGAUUCCAACAGGACAGGAGAGGUCCUCCAGAUGGCGGGGGAAGCACCUCAGAGGCCAAACAGGGGCUGAGGAAUGUGGGUGGAUUUCCCGUGUCAAUGAGAUGCUGAAUGCUGUUCUGUGAACAGGAAGGGCUGCGCUUCAGCCCCAUUGACUCCUUUAGCAGCCUUGCCUCACCCAAAGGGAGCAGAGCCAAGGCCAGCCUAGGAGUGUGGCACCCUGAGCUGCACAGCUGAUGUGGCUGGAAUGGCACUGCCUGCAUAACAGGGCUGAGGGCAGGAGGCAGAAAGGUGAGACUGCCGCAGACCUUUGCUCCUCCUGCCCCAGACUCAGCUCCACCGCUCCAGCAGUGCCCCAAGUCGCUCUCAGCACGAGUGCUUCUGCAUUCUGCAGCUGCUGCUCUGGACGGCCACACUGUGGCUCCAGCGUGGGAGAGAUGGCAGCCCAGCCCAGGCAGGUGGUUUUCCCAUUGUCCAUCUCCUUCUGGCUUGGACACUGCUCUGCAGAAGCAGGAAACGAAGGAGGAGUUCCUGGAGCUGCUGCAAAAAGCACAUCUGCACUUGUGGCUGGGACAAGGACUCAUUGAUCCAUACCAAGGUGGCAGGUGGGGUUACAGCACCCUCACCUCCUGUCUGCCUCUGAGGGCUGCCCGUGGGCUCAGGUGCAGGGUAACAAACUCCACAGCACCAUCUCCAGAGCUCCCUUCAGCAGUAGCAAAAAGUACCUGAAUUUUCCAUGGUCCCAAGAUCCACAAGUAUUACGAUCCUGCUUUUGUGAUACUAAUCAGGAUGGCUCCUAGUGUGGGAAUAUCCAAGAGAACAAGCCCAGGAAAACAAGAGCUGAUGCUCAGCAGUACUGAGAGCCAAACAGCUGCAGUGACAGCACCAGCUGGACAGGACACGAUGAACCGCUUGGCGGCAAGGCUAAGACUCCUGCUGCCCCUCCCACAGCCCUGUGAGAGCGCUGCUCCAUCCCCGCCCUCCCUGCACUGCCCGGGGCACCCCACGCCUGCAGCUCCCCGGGGCCCUGCGGGUGGUGGCAGCAGUGCUGGGGCGGCUGCGCCCCCGGCUGUACGGUACGCAAAUGUGCUCCACGCCUCCCGGCUCCUGCUGGACAGCCGGGCGAUGCUCAGAACUCCGCAGAGCGCCCUGGAUACGCGCCCUGCAGCCCGCAGCCCGCCCAUCCGGUUCCGGCCCUUCACUGCAGGGUGGGCACUGAGCAGCAGACCCCGCGGGCAGCCUUUACCUUCCGCUCCCCUCACCGCAGUGCGGUUCCUGCAGGCACAGCCCCCCCGGAUGGGGCCCUCCAGCCCUGCGCUGCCGUCCCUGCCGGGUGGUUGCCAGACACGGAGCCCUCGGCCCCCUCAGGUUCCCCCCAGCCCCAUUCGAGCGCUGCCUCAGGGCAACCUCUUGGCCAGCCCGCCCCACGGGGCCCUCGCACGGCCAUAACGGCGGCGAC